CGGGUAUUAUUAUCUUACUAAACCGGAAGUUGUAGUAACGUUAAACGGUUUAAGGUCGGGCUGGCUUUUCUUCCCGUUUUAAACUCAAAAUUCGGAUUUGCAGAAUAAACAUAUAAGCUUGUGGUGUUGUUUAAGUUGUAUAGUUCAGUGAAAACAAGGCGGCGUGGUGUGUUUAGAGGGACAACGCGGCUCGGUGCUAUGCUGUCGGACGCAGAUUACGGGGGAACGACGUCCUGUGGUCGUUCUCGGGGGAAGAAGAGAGCCGCAGCAGCUCCAGCAGGAGUGGAGACCUCAUCUUCAUCAUCCUCGUCAGCCGUGGGGGAAAGUCACUCCAUGCGUCCAUCCAGACAGACCCCCAGCGGCAGGGGCAAAAGAAGCAGCAGUGUUUCUACAGCGCAGGCAAAUCCCAAAAGAAAGAUGGCUGACGUGGAGGAAGAAGAGGAGCAGGUGGAGAAGAAGUUCCGGAAGUGUGAGAAGGCAGGAUGCCCGGCUACGUAUCCUGUGUGUUUUGCCAGCGCGUCAGAAAGGUGCGCGAAAAACGGCUACACGUCUCGAUGGUACCACUUAUCCUGCGGAGAGCACUUCUGCAACGAGUGCUUCGACCACUACUACAGGAGCCAUAAGGACGGUUAUGAGAAAUUCUCCUCCUGGAAGAAGCUGUGGACAGGAAACGGGAAGAGUGAACCUAGUCUGAAGGCCUUCAUGGCGGAUCAGCAGCUUCCUUACUGGCCUCAUUUCUGCUCACUUCUGGUGGUUUCUCUUUCUUUCUCUCCGCACAUUUAUCCCUCACCACUCCUUUUGUGGUCUUUCUAUCCUUAUUUCUUGGGUCUUCUCGAACCUGUUUCCGCUCUCUCUCUUCAGGUGCAGUGUACGAAACCCGACUGUGGGAAAUGGAGGCAGCUCACUAAAGACAUCCAACUGACGGCGUCUCUGGCUGCAACGUACCGCUGCGGAAUGAAGCUCAAUAACAUUAAAAACGAAGGACCGGAUCAGUGCUCUCAGCCUGAGGACAUGAGAGUGGCUGGAGUGGGAGACAGUUGGUGGUCAUCCAUGUUGAUUUUGCCCCCGUUGUUAAAAGACAGUCCUGCUAACCCUUUCCUCACUGCUUAUUACCCCGACUGCGUGGGCAUGAGCCCGUCCAGCUCUCACUGUGAUUUACGGCCUGAGCAACGCCGCAACAUUCAGCCGCAGAUCCCAGGUUUGUGCCCGUACUUCCAGCCCUUCUACCAGCCCAACGAGUGCGGUAAAGCCCUGUGUGUGCGACCAGACAUGAUGGAGCUGGACGAGCUCUACGAAUUCCCAGAAUUCUCCAGGGAUCCCACCAUGUACCUCGCUCUACGCAACCUCAUCCUCGCCGCUUGGCAUCGAGACUGCAAGGAGGCUCUGACGCCGCAGAAGUGCGCUCCUCAUGUCAUCGUCCGGGGUUUGGUGCGAGUGCGCUGUGUGCAGGAGCUGGACAGAGUUCUGCACUUCAUGACCCGCAAAGGUUUAAUCAACACCGGAGCUCUUCUGGCCAAACAGCCUCUCCUCCCAGAGCCGUACCGCAACAAGAAGGUGUUGGUGAUUGGAGCAGGAGCUUCGGGUCUCGCCGCUGCCAGACAGCUGCACAACUUCGGCAUGCAGGUGGUGGUGUUGGAGGCCAGGGAGCGAAUAGGAGGGCGUGUUUGGGACGACACUUCGCUGGGCGUCACCGUGGGUCGAGGUGCACAGAUCGUUAACGGCUGUGUCAACAAUCCCAUUGCUCUAAUGUGUGAACAGCUGGGAGUGAAGAUGCACAAGCUGGGCGAGCGCUGUGAUCUGAUCCAAGAGGGCGGUCGAGUCACCGAUGUCGCCAUAGACAAGCGCAUGGACUUCCACUUCAACGCCAUACUAGACGUGGUCUCCGAGUGGAGGAAGGACAAGUCACAGCACCAGGACGUCCCGCUCGGGGAGAAGAUCCAGGAGGUCUAUAAGACGUUCCUGCAGGAGUCGGACAUUCGCUUCAGUGAGCUGGAAGAGAAGGUGCUGCAGUUCCAUCUCAGCAACCUGGAGUACGCCUGUGCAAGCCCACUGGAACAGGUUUCUGCUCGAUCGUGGGACCAUAACGAGUUCUUCGCUCAGUUCUCAGGGGACCACACACUGCUGACUGCAGGCUAUUCCACUCUGCUGCACAAACUAGCCCAAGGCCUCGACAUUCACCUCAACACUGCGGUGCAGUCUGUGGAUUACUCAGGUGAUGUAGUGAAGGUCAGCACCACCAGCGGAACCCAGUUUACUGCUCAGAAGGUGUUAGUGACGGCUCCUUUAGCUCUUCUGCAGAAGAACAUCAUCCAGUUUAACCCUCCUCUUCCAGACAGGAAGCUCAAAGCCAUAAACAGCCUGGGGGCCGGAGUCAUCGAGAAGAUUGCACUGCAGUUCCCCUACAGGUUCUGGGACAGUAAGGUGCAGGGAGCGGAUUAUUUCGGUCACGUUUCCCCGAGUCCGGAGAAGAGGGGCCUGUUCAGUGUGUUUUACGACAUGAGACCAAAGGGAGAUCAGUGUGUGCUGAUGUCGGUGAUCACAGGAGAGGCUCAGGCCAUGGUGAGAGACCUGGAGGACAAGGAAGUGGUGGAGCUCUGCAUGAACGUCCUCAGGGAACUCUACAAGGAGCAGGAUGUUCCAGACCCGCUGAAGUACUUUGUGACUCGUUGGAGUAAAGACACAUGGUCUCAGAUGUCCUACAGCUUUGUGAAGACCGGCGGCAGCGGGGAGGCCUACGACAUCAUCGCUGAAGACGUUCAGGGGAAGAUCUACUUCGCCGGAGAGGCCACAAACCGACACUUUCCUCAGACGGUAACCGGCGCGUAUCUGAGCGGCGUACGAGAGGCGAGUAAGAUCGCAGCACUGUGACACAACCGAAGGACUGAGACGUUCAAUCCGACGUUCUUCCACGACUCCUCUACAGCAGGUGUUUCAAACUCCAAUCAGGAACUCUUACGGGUGUGGCGAUAUUUAUUACUGUAGCAACAUUGCACGCAAUAUAAUGUACCACAUGUACAUUACCCCACGGUGUCUUCAUCUUUGGAGUCUUGGAAAAGAUAAGAUGAUAUCUGUUCAAUUUCUGAAAAUGACCUGUUCGAUGUCAUGGAACUUUUCGUUAUUUGGUGAGAAUUUUGUCAGUGUUUCACUCUUUUCCAACUGUUUUUUUUUUUUUUUUUUUUUUUGGUGAAUCAUUACUGAGUUAAAAGUGUCCACACAAAUUACAUGUCAAUUUUCACAUUAAACAAAACAACAGAAAUAUUCCUCCUGAAGGAAAAAUAAACAUUUUGCCCACACUUAUAUAACAUAACAACAUAACCUAAUCAAGCAUUUAAAGAAAAAAGUUUAAAAAAAGGUUGUUUUUUUUUUUUUAAAUGUAAUAAUUGAUUUAGUAAGUUACACAUUUGUGACAGCACUGUUGGUUGUAAUGAGUGGACUUUUUCAGUAUGCAUUGAUCUGGAUAAUUUACUGUACUUGCUCUGAAUAUGGCUGAGUCCUGUCAUUUCUGUAUGAACAAAAUUGUAAUAUAUACAUACUGUAAAUUAUACUGGUAUUUGACUUGUUUUGAUUUUGUUUUUGUUUUUUUUACAUAAAUUAUCUGAACAAA